AUGUCCAGUCGAGGGCGAGGAGAGAAGAGGCGAGCUAGGCGAGGCCAGGCGAGUCGAGUCACGUCUCGUGCUGUCAUUGAUCGAAGCGGAAGUAGGCAAGAGGCGAGGCGAGGCGAGGCGAGGCGGGGUCGGGCGCCUAUCGUUCAGUGUAAAGCGCAAUUGGGAAACGCGAAUCGUCUGUGGAAAAUAACCGGUUACCGAGAAGAACCUCGAAUCGCCUUCGUCGUGUCUUAA